AUGGGACAAAAUUCGCAAGCAUUUGAUCGUGACAAGUGGACCAUUGAAUGGACUAUCUCUUGGGCAUUGUUGCCAGUAGCGAACAAGGGGAAGUUUCACCAACUCGUUUUCAUAAAAAUAUCAAAAAGAAAACGAAAGAACCAUCCAAAAGAUGUUGAGAUGGAGGAGGCUAGCAGUGCUGUGGGGAUAGAUGGUGAUAAUAUCAAUGAUGAAGCGUCUUUGCACCGGACGAAAAAAUCCAAAGGAGAGAAAGGCGAAAUGCGGAAGAUUCCUGUACCCAAACACCGCUAUACGCCAUUGAAGGAUAAUUGGGUGAAUAUAUUUACACCAAUAGUGAAGAACUUAGGAUUACAAAUAAGAUUCAAUAUGAAGACAAGGAAUGUGGAGAUCAGGAACCCAGGAGAUAAAGAAGAUACAACGGAUUUGCAAAAAGCUGCUGAUUUUGUGCGUGCGUUUAUGCUUGGAUUCGAUGUUGCUGAUGCUCUGGCUCUAAUUCGUCUUGAUCAUCUGUUCUUAGAGACUUUUGAGGUAGCAGAUGUGAAAUCGUCGCUGAAGGGUGACAACCUCAGUCGUGCUGUUGGUCGAAUAGCAGGAAAAGAUGGACGAACUAAGCUUGUUAUAGAAAACGUCACAAAAACUAGAAUUGUGUUGGCCGAUACAAAGAUACAUAUACUGGGUGCUUUCCAAAAUCUUAAACUCGCUCGUAAUGCCAUUUCUAGCCUUAUCCUAGGCGCACCACCAUCCAAAGUCUAUGGGAAUCUGCGUAAUUUAGCGUCUCGUUCCAGCGAACGACUAUAA